UAGCGGCAAAGACGGGGACGCGCACGCAGUGACAGCGGGCUUGGGCUGUGGCCUGGUAGUCGGUGUACUGACGACGAGUAUGACCCGUUUAUAAGGGAGCACGGGAUCUGCCUCCGGUAUGGAGUUCGCUGAGCUUAUCAAGACGCCCCGGGUGGAUAAGGUGCUGCUUCACAGACCUUUCCACCCGACAGUGGGCGGUACCUUGUGUCUGACGGGUCACCACCUGAUCCUGAGCUCCAGGCAGGACAACAGUGAGGAGCUGUGGCUGCUGCACUCUAAUAUCGACUCCAUAGAGAAAAGGUUUGUCGGCUCCUCGGGGACCAUAACCAUCAAAUGCAAGGACCUGCGGAUAAUCCAGCUGGAGAUCACCGGGAUGGACGAAAGCCUGAACAUCGCCAGCUCCAUAGAGGCCUUAUCCACGCUGGACUCCAUCACGCUGAUGUACCCCUUCUUCUACAGACCCAUGUUUGAGGUGACGGAGGACGGCUGGAACUCUUUUCCUCCUGAACAAGCGUUUGAGCUUCUCUCCGCAGAGACUGAAGACUGGAGACUGAGUGAUGUGAACCGAGACUACUCCGUCUGUCAGUCCUAUCCCCCCGUCCUUAUUGUACCCAAGACCAUGGACGAUGAGUCUCUGCGUAAGGUGGCGGCGUUCCGUCAAGGGGGGCGAUUCCCAGUACAGAGCUAUUAUCACCGGAAGAACGGUAUGGUGAUGAUGCGCAGCAGCCAGCCGCUCACGGGCACGAAUGGCAGACGUUGUAAGGAGGACGAGAAGCUUAUUAACGCCACUUUGAGACCCGGAAAACGAGGCUACAUCAUAGAUACCCGCUCGCUGAACGUGGCCCAGCAGGCCAGGGCCAAGGGCGGCGGCUUUGAGCAGGAGGCGUAUUACCCUCAGUGGAGGAGGAUUCACAAGUCCAUUGAACGAUUUAACAUUCUGCAGGAGAGUCUGAUAAAACUGGUGGAGGCCUGCAACGAUCAGUCCCACAACAUGGAUCGCUGGCUCAGCAAACUGGAGGCCUCCAACUGGCUGACGCACAUCAAGGAGAUCCUGACCACCGCCUGCCUGGCAGCCCAGUGCAUCGACCGGGAGGGGGCUUCUGUCUUGGUGCACGGAUCGGAGGGCAUGGAUUCCACGUUACAAGUGACCUCGUUGGCCCAAAUUAUUCUGGAGCCCAAGUGCAGAACCAUCCGUGGGUUUGAGGCCCUGGUAGAGAAGGAGUGGCUACAGGCUGGUCAUCCAUUUCAGCACCGCUGUGCCCAGUCUGCCUACUCCAACAGCAAGCAGAGGUGGGAGGCCCCAACGUUCCUGCUCUUCCUGGACUGUGUGUGGCAAAUCCUCCGCCAGUUCCCCUGCUCCUUUGAGUUUAAUGAGAGAUUCCUGGUUACUCUGUUUGAGCACGCCUAUGCCUCUCAGUUUGGCACCUUCCUGGGCAACAAUGAAUUUGAGAGGAGUAAGCUGAAGCUAAAGCAGAAGACACUGUCCCUCUGGUCCUGGGUGAACCAACCCAAUGAGAGCCACAAAUUCACUAACCCCUUGUAUGAAGCCAAUGGACUGGUCAUCUGGCCCUCUGUGGCCCCCCAGAGUCUACUUCUGUGGGAAGGGGUGUUCCUGCGCUGGAAUAGAUCCUCAAUGUACCUGGAGGAUGCCUACGAGGAGAUGGUCCACAUCAUAGAGUACAACAAGGAGCUUCAAGUCCGAGUCAACGCAUUAAGGAGGCAGCUAGCUGAACUGGAGACAGAAGAUGGGAUGCUGGAGACCCCUUAAUGUGGACAUCCCCUGACCAGCCCCUCCCCCGCCCCGGAGUGGGCUAUAUGUUUACACUAUCUGUCCUGCAUGCACUACAGUUAUCUCUGGUGCAAUCCGUAUAUAAUUCUGUGACUAGGGACCAAGGAGCGCGCAUCAUGGGAGCCGAACUUAACCCUUCAUGUGAACUCCUGUGCCUUGGUUAUGUUGGUACAUCUCAGUGAUUUGAUGAUGGACAUUCUUGACCAUUCUGCUUCAGGCCACUCAUGAUGGCUGUCCAUGUUGUGCAUGCUGGGAUUGUUUGGGCAGUAUGGAACCAUUAUGUGCCCGGUAGACCCUCCUGCAUGUUACAGGAAGUGUAGACCCCAGGGUCCAGGUCUGUGGCAUCUGCAGAGCAUCGCGGCUCAACAUGCGAACUCGGAGUGUGAUCCCCCGUUCUGAGGGGGCUUCUGGUUUUAUUUAAAGGAGCAUUCCUUUUGUUAAAAGUUAUCCCCUACCCACAGGAUAAGGAUUAACUAUUAGAUCGGUGGGGGACUGCGGGGAACCGCACCGUUCACAAACACAGACGAAUGGAGCAGCAAAUCGGUCAUGUGUGCGGCCGCUCCAUUCAUCUCUAUGGGAAUUCCAGAGAUAGGUGAGCGCUGUACUCGGUUCCCAUAAAAAUGAAUGGGCAGCCAAGUGCAUGUGGGAGAGCUGCAGGGGGUACGGGGCCGCCUUCUUAUGAUCAGGGACCCAGCGGUAGGACCCCCACCGAUCUAAUAACAGGAUAGGGGAUAACUUCUAACAACCGGAAUACCCCUUUAAAUGAUGCUUAAUAAUUGCAUAAUGAUCAGUUCGGCCACUUUCUAAUAUACUUUGCAUUGUAUUCCGCCACAAUUUUCAAAGUUUCUGCUUGCUGUCAGUAAAUGGCAAUUUUCUCAUUUACAUCCACAGGCCCGAAAA